AUGGUUGGACUCGACCUCAGAAACCGCCUCAAGGCGACGGGGUACGACGAUAAGAUUGAGCAAGUCCGGAACGUUGAUGGCAAGAACGUCGUCAGAGUCAAUGGCACGGAGGUUGUGGUCAGCUCCGCGACGCAGAAGCCUAACCGCUCGUUCUGGGUGGCGUGGAUGUACAUUUUUGAUUGGUACCCGAGUCACUACUCCAAAGAGGAGAAGAAGCUAGUUCGCAAGUUGGACUCAGUCCUGCUGACACUCUGCUGUCUCUGCUUCUACAUCAAAUGGCUUGACCAGAAUGCGCUCAACAGCGCGUACUGGUCUGGUAUGAGAGAGGAGCUGAAGAUUAAGGGCAACGAAUACUCUCUGUUUGGUACUUUCUACAACAUCGGUUACAUGGUCUUCGAGAUCCCGAGUAUGAUGAUUAUCUCGCGUCCUCAAUUCGCUCGCUACUACGUUCCCACAAUGGAAACUCUAUGGUCCGUGUUGACCUUCACACAAAGCAGACUGGGCAGCGUGAAUCAAAUCUACGGCACCCGAUUCCUUCUUGGUUUCCUUGAGACCCCAGCAGCCACGGGAUCUAUUUACUUGCUUACUUCAUGGUAUCGUGCCGAUGAGGUUUUCAAGCGCGCCGGUGUUUGGUACGUCUCUAGCAACGUCGGUGCCAUGUUCAGUGGAUAUCUCCAGGCUGCUGCCCACAAAGGCCUGAACGGUGUACAUGGAAUGUCUGGCUGGAGGUGGCUUUUCAUCAUCGAUGGUUGCAUUAGCAUCACCAUUGCUAUUGCAGGUUUCUUCCUGUACCCCGGCCUGCCGACUACACAGCCUAGGGUAUGGUGGUUGACCGAAGAGGAGCGCCAGCUCGCCGUCGCCCGAAUGCAGAGCCAGGGCACCAAGCAGAGCUCCAGAAUCGGCAAGCGCAUGCUCAAGCGUGUCUUUACGCACUGGCACUUUUACGUGGCCGUUCUCACAUACGUCUUCUUCCAGUGCACUUCUUAUGUUGGAGGCCAGAUGGCGGCUUGGCUGAAGAAAGAGGCGGACAUGAACGGCACUUACACCAUCGAGCAGAUCAACCUCAUCCCAACCGGCGUUCAGGCGCUAGCUAUUGUCACCGGUGUUCUUAUUACCAGUUUGGUCAUGAUCUACCCGAUGUGGAUUGUCUUCUCAAUCGUCACAGCAAUCCUCCUCUUCUCUAACGUCUGCCUCCGCAUCUGGUACAUUCCCCUCGGUCUGCACUUCACCUGCUACUACCUUCUUGGUCUGACCUCCUGCGUGACACCUAUUCUAUUCCCCUGGAUCAAUAUGGUCAUGAAAGACGACAACGAAGCACGCAGCUUCACGACCGGCGCCAUGAUGACCAUCGGCUGGGCCUUCUUCAGUUUCUACCCAAUCACUGUAUUCCCGAUCUUGGAGGCUCCUCAGUGGACCAAGGGCUUUACUGUCAACAUUGUGUUCAUCGUCUGCUACUGGACGCUGUUCUUGGUCGGACAGUACCUCUGGCGCAGGGAAGAACAGACCAAGAAGUUUGACAUCAACCAGCCUGGAAACACGAGCUCGGACGAGUUCGGCAAGCCGGAGGAGCUUCAGGUGGAGAUCAGUGAUGAAAAGGACGUCAAGGAAACCAGGCCUUGA